AUGGCACCAUAUUGCUUGAAGGUGACAAAAGAUAUCAACAACCACAAACAGCAUGAACACAACCUUCAACUGGACCAGUGCACCAUGUCCACCACCGAAGCCAGAGCAGAUUUACGAGCCGAAGUUCCUCGUCUUCGAUUCGUGCCUGAGGGAGCUGCUCGACAGGUGCCUGGUCUGUGGUGCACCAGAAUGCAAAGUGAAGCUGGACUUUGUGGGCACGAUGGAAGCAGCCCGACCAAGGUGUUGCGACUGUUUUCUUUUAUGGGCAUGCAGUCGUUGCAGAAGACGCAGUACUUCGCAUUCCAGCGCUGCUACCUGCUGCCUGCAGUCACUGAGGUCUGGCACUCCGAGCAAGCAACGCUCCUCGAUGGUCUUCGAGGAAAGCGGUUGUGCCUUGCUGGAGACGGGAGGGCUGAUACGCCAGGCCACUCCGCAGACUUCGGCACAUACACGUUGCUGGAGACGUCCACCAACCGUGUCCUGCACACUGAGCUUGUGAAAUCCACCGAGGUUUCCUCAAGCAACAGGAUGGAGACUGAGGGGAUGGAGCGGUGUCUGAACUACCUCCGUGCCCAAGACAUGUCGGUCGACACGCUGGUAACAGACCGGCACUCCGAGGGCAAGGCUGCCCUGAGGAGGAACCAUCCUGACAUCAGACAUCAUUUCGAUGUGUGGCAUGUUGCCAAAGGUGUUAACAAGAAGAUCGUCGCUGUGGCCCGAGGAACGAAGCACAGUGUACUUCUGAAGUGGAUCAAAACCAUCAUCCGGCACCUCCACUGGUGUGCUCGCACGAGUGAUGGGGACGGCAAGCUCGUCCUGGCCAAGUGGGUGUCCUUGAUCAGGCACAUGAUCAAUGUCCAUGAGCACCCUGAUCCCCUACACCCAGCCUGUGAACACGGCAAGAUCUCUGAUCGUCUCUGGCUCGAGGAAGGCACUGAGACAUUCAAGAAGCUGGAAGCUAUCCUGAUGGCACCGCACCUCCUGAGGGACAUCCCAUUCCUGUCGCCAAAGGAGCAGACGUUUGGACUAGAGUCUUUUCAUGCAGUCCUGAUCCACUUUGCCCCGAAGUCGAGCAAGUUCCUCUUUGAGGGAAUGCUAUCACGCACCUACAUCGCGGCCCUGCACUUCAACCAUAAUGCGGACAGGGACGUCUUGAUCGACGAAGAUGGAAAUCCAAGGUUCCAUCAGAAGUGCUCCAAGGCGGACAGGCGAUGGACUGUUGUGCCUGCCAAAGAAGCAGUCACAUAUGACUAUGUGCAGAAGCUGAUUGACGCUGUGCUGGGGUGCUUGGUUCGGUGGCCCACCUACGCCAUUGCCGAGAGGGCUGCUUACCGGCAGUCCCAUGACACUCUCAGCAGCAAGUGUGGCGUGAAACCACAGCUGGAGGACGCCAUCGCAAGGCAUAGAUCACGCUUCUAAACUUCAGAAACCUGCAUGAUUCUGUAUGUGUGCUUACUACCUUAAUCGCAGUC